AUGUCUGACGCAGAUGACAAUCGACUUCAUCCAUCCAAAGAAUUCUCGCGGUACAGCAGAAUCCAACCGCGACUGGUUCACGGUCGCCAUAAGCGUUCACUAACGAACACCCGUGAAGAGAACGGACGUCACACGUCGCACCUAACGAUAAUCUAUAGGCUAAGUCAAGCAGAUGUGAUAUUAGAUUUACAACUUAACGAACAGCUGGUCCCGCGGGGCCACUUUCUCAGUUAUCAACUGCCGAAUGGGGCCGGUAAGGCCGUUGAGCGGUACAACCGUACCGACCAGGUGGAACUAUGCCACUAUAGGGGUAAGAUUCAGAACAACCCGGCGUCUAGCGUGGCCCUAUCGACCUGCCGUGGAAUCCGCGGGGUGGUCUUCGAUGGCCACGAAACGUACUAUAUCGAAAGCGAUGCACCGGUUGACAGGGAUGCGAACAGUAUAAACCUCGCAAAUCAUUACAUUUAUCGACAUUCUGAUCUACUGUCGCAUGGGAAGUGCGGCUACGAGGGUGGCGCCAACCAUACCCACGAUCCGGAACUGCAUCGAGAAUCGGAGUUCCAGCGGCUGUCCAGGCAUAAACGUGCCACGCCCAGUAAAUCAUCCUCACCCAUCCGGGGUCCCUACAACGCCAACAAACACUCCAGCUACGUCGAACUGGUCAUCGUCAUCGACAACAAGAUGUUCAAGAGUAUGAAGGAAAACUUCAAAGUGGUCCAGCAAUACUGCAAGGAUAUCACCAACAUUAUCAACGCACUGUACGAACCGCUGAACAUCUUCAUCGGACUGGUGGGCGUGGUGAUCUGGAACGAAGCCAACGAGAUCGAGUUGUCCAGCGAUGGAGAGAUCACGUUGAAGAACUUCUUGCACUAUCGGAAGAAAGUGCUGUUCAAAGAUCACCCGAAUGAUAAUGCGCAGUUGUUCACGAAGGAGCACUUCGAGGGAGGCGUUGUGGGGAAGGCACUGAAAGGGCCGAUCUGUACGUACGAGUUCAGUGGAGGUGUGGAGAUGUACCACAGCGAGGUGAUCGGGGUUCAGGCCACCACGGUAGCGCACGAGAUGGGUCAUAACUUCGGCAUGGAGCACGAUACGCCGGAUUGCCAGUGCGAAGACGAGAGGUGCAUUAUGUCCGCGUCGAGUUCAUCGAUCGCGCCGAAGCAUUGGAGCAGUUGCAGCAUCGAUCAGCUGAACUUGGCCUUCCAUCACGGGAUGAACUACUGUUUGAAGAACAAGCCUACGCAGCUGUUCGACUCGCCGGUUUGCGGGAAUGGAUUCGUAGAACCAGGCGAGCAGUGCGACUGCGGACUGCCGGAUCAUUGCGAGAACUCGUGCUGCAAUCCGAGGACUUGUAUGUUGCAUUCGAAUGCCUCCUGUGCAACUGGGGAGUGCUGCGACCUGGAGACCUGCAAGCCUAAACCUGGAGGAACGGUUUGUCGAGAAGCCGAGGGAGAGUGCGACUUGCCGGAGUAUUGCUCCGGAGAGUCGGAAUAUUGCCCAAACGAUGUCUUCAAGAGGGAUACGGAGGUGUGCGACGACGGAAAGGCGUUCUGCUACAAGGGAUCGUGCAGAUCGCAGAACGAUCAGUGCCGAUUGCUGUGGGGCCCAACAGGGAAGUCGUCGGAUCAGUGCUACAAGAAAAAUGAGGAAGGGACCAGACAUGGAAACUGCGGAUACAAUCGAGUGAAGAACGAGUACGUGAAGUGCGAUGAAGGCGACGUGCACUGCGGAAUGCUUCACUGCCGGCAUUUGAACGAACGACUGGAAUUCGGAAUGGAGUCGGUGGCCAUCCUGUCGCACAGCUUCAUGACCUACAACGGAAGCGUGAUUCCAUGCCGCUCGGCAAUCGUGGAUUUGGGACUGCAGAAGGUCGACCCCGGUCUGGCACCGGAUGGAGCGAAAUGCGGCGAAGGAAAGAUGUGUUUGAACCAAGUGUGUAUGGCCGUGGAAAGUCUUCGAGCACAAGGCAGUGGCGUGGAAUGUCCGGAGAACUGCAACGGCAAUGGUAUCUGUAACAGCGAAGGACACUGCCACUGCAACAAGGGUUUCGGACCACCUUUGUGCAAUAGUCCCGGAAACGGAGGCUCGGAAGACAGCGGGCCGGCAUCGGAUCCAAAUGCUGGCAGCGGCUUCACACGGUUCCUGUACAUCUUCUUCUGCGGAGUGGUCCCGACCUGUGCCAUCUUCGCCUUCGUGGUGUACUACUACCGGCAGGACCAUGCCGGAAGCACCAAGAAGCACCGCAAGCCACCGUCCGUGUCUACCAACAAUAUGAAAACAGAUUCUUCACGAAGUACUGGAUCUACACAUACAACACCAUCCUCUCCCAACUCUCCGGAUGAUAUGAACUCAGCAUUGCUGAGACCUUCGAAUGAUGUGGACUUCAUCAGUAAUAACAACAUGUUCGGUAAAUUCAAAGGCUUCACCCUGAAACCCCUUCCCGAGCCAGGAGCAACCCUUAAGUCCCCCAAUGUAGCGUUUGUCCAUCCGGUGUCAAAGUAUAGCGAGGACACUAGCAGCACCGUUCCCAGUAGACCUGCUCCCCCUGCCCCGAAGUUUAAGCCAGCUGUCCCCGCACACACGGUCCAGAUCGGUAACAGCACCUACAAUAAACCGGCAGGAAUCCACCAGAUCAACGGAUACAAGCUAGCCAAUCACGAGCACCAAAUGGAGGCCGCACCGGCUCUGCCUCCUCUCAAUCCUGGUUCUACGGCACGCCCCAUCAUUUCCAGUCCCAUUCUAGAAUCGUCCACAAACACCUCCAGAGAAAUCAACACCGGAACUGCCAAAAUUCCUAUCCGACCUGCUCCGGUUGUACCCCCGGUGCAGAGCAACCCGUCUGGGGGAUCCGAAGAAAACAUGGCCCCGGAGAUCCUGAUCAAUCCAACCAGCAAAGACAAGAAACCCAAGGAAGGCAAACUGAACCGCAUCACCUCGUACCUGAAGAAGGACGAAAAGCUUCCCAAGGCCGAACCCAAGAACAUCAAGAUCGCCGACAAGGAGAAGCUGAAAAACUUGGAGAUAUCCGCCCCGAUUCCCAUCGCUUCCGACCUGGCGAAAAGUAUGCCCAAGUUGAACGAAACCGAAUCGGUGCUGGGACCAGGCGUUGCUACCGUCCAACGAGCGAAGAGCAUGCGAGAUCCGGAAGCGAACGGCAAGCGAGUACCAGGAGAUGGCCAGGCCGCUACCGAGUCUCCAAGAAAAUUCUCGACGCUGAAGCGUCCACAGAGCAUGGUCGGAUCGCGUCCAACUAUGCCUCCACCACGACCUCCAGUUCCUCCGGCACCCACGGUCACCGAAAUCAAGCCAAAUACUCACGGUUACCGGAAACCAGCAUCGCUGAAGUCGGUUACGAUCGUUGCUCCCCGAAAUGACUACGACGACUGCCAGGACGUGGAAGACUCCAUCACCACUGCAACCUCCAACGGAUCUUCGUCUGUCCUCGGACAUGACAACAUCUAUUCGGUCAUCGACGAAUCUCCGUCACCUCCGAGUAUCAUGUCACCGCAGGCCACGCUCUCUUCCGGAAGUUCUGACAGUAUGGGCCUCCUGGGCGAGAUCGUCAACGAGAUUGAAAGCCGGGGAAGCGAUUCUGUGUACAUAGCUUCCACAUUGAAGAGGGACGGAGGUGUCCGGAAGAACUCUCAGGCGCCCAUGGCCGAGGAGGAAGAUGACGAACCCACGUACGUCAACACUUCAGAGAUUCAGGACGAUGAAGAAGGGGCGGGAGCUCCCACGGACGACGACGAGCCGUACCCGGCAAAUCUCAAGUCCAGCGUGAGUACCACGUCCAGCGGAUAUCUACGACCGUCGGCGAUCAACGCCCCGAUCGCACGGGUGGCGCCAUCUAAGCCAGAAAGUGUUUCAACUAAUUUAAGUAGCUUUAGAAAUGGCGGCUCAAACGUCUUGAGCUCUCUUCAGUUUGAAGGCCCUGUGGAGUCCAGUAGGCCUCCAGCAGUGACAACGAAAAAGUCCACGACAACGGCAGCUCCCUACAAGCCUUAUCAUAGUUCCGUGACCAACAGCCGCCCGGGAUCUGUCGUAGCGGCCACCAAGUCCAAGAUCAACCAGGAAAAACUCUCCAACGGCGUCAGCACCUUCACGGCGCCGAAACUCAGCCGAAAUCCGACACCCCCUAGCAUCACCGCGACUACCAACGGCAGUCGAAAACCCCUGAACAACUCUUCGGUUCGAACGCGAAGCCCUUCUCCAAAGGGCCGAAUUGCUAAUGGUGGCGUCACGACUGCCAAGGCAACCGCCGUCACCCCAGCGCAGAAACCCAAAACAGCGGCAAAACCAGAGAGCGUCGUCAAGCCGAAGAUCUCAACCGCCAACAGCAAGAUCCUAACGGCGGCCGCCCGACCUGGUCCCGGAAAGUCCUCCAACGUGGCGUCGUUGCAGCAGAAGUUCGAAACGAAAAAGUAGGAGCGCCAUCUCUACUUAGAAUCCGUACUAGCAGAAAAAAUAAACGCCAAACACGCCCAGAAAAUUCCAUUCAGAGACUAACUCACGCUUCGAGCGGAAACUGCCUCGGCGUGAAUAUCAAUCGUUCAUAUUAUGUUAAUAUGAAAUUGUGAAAACGGUCCGCGAGGACCGCGUUCAGUUCCGAUUCCGAACACAGUAAGAAUAAUAACAAUCAAAAUCACCGAUGUGUGAAUUAGGAUAAACAAUAGAAGAGUUCGCGCGCGCAAUAGAUCGUUUUCGGUUUUUACAAACGUUACAAGCAACCUUACACAAAGAUUAUUAGAUAUUUGAUAAGCAAAAUGUUGUCGCAGUGAACCUCCUACGGCUUGAUCUCCUCGAUCCGCGUUCCCUCCCCGAUUUUUCCACAGUGUUCUAUUGUUUCUUGCUGUGCUUUUGUCCCCUCCUGCGAGGUUAUCGAAUUGCGCUUGCCGGAGAAAGCAAAAUAUCCCGAGACAAGUCCGUCAUAGUUUAGGGAAUCUCACUUGUUUGUAAAUAGUAACCAAAGAAGAAGAAAAAUAUGCUUGGAAGAAAAGGACGGAUAGAGAACGUUGACCGGAGUAUAGGAACGUUUGGGUGCGAAAUUCGAUUUGGAGUCCGUUAUCAAAGGAAGAUAAGAAAACGAAUUUGGAAAGAUCGAAAACUAAUCAAAAGAAGAAAAAGAAGAAAUAGAUCACAUCCCAAGCAACAUUUUAGAAUCCAAUUAGAUUUGGGGAGACCUUCAACGAUUGUUCCAAGGAUCUGUUCUAAUCUAUUAGACCUAAAAAUGUUACUUGGGAUGACUGCUUUUUACGAUUGGACGGUAAACCAAUUACUAUUUGUGUAGGAUUUGCAAAUUAAUCAAUUGUGAAAUGAUGAUAGAAGGAAGUCCCUAGAGGAAGAGAAUGGUGCAUCAUUCAGCAUACUAUUUGUGUAAAGUGAAACUGCUUUUUAUAUAGGUGAACAAAUGAACAAUUGUCAACGAGAGAGGGAGAGAAAAGAAGAAGAAAAGAGAAUAUAACUCUAACGAAAUAAAGUCUUUUAUAAUAUUGAA